AUGCGAGUUCUUUUUUUCACCCUGGCGUUAGGCAGCUUCGCUACGGCGUUGCCUAACCAUCCUUUCAAGGGGCACGAAUGGAUUCCUGCGGGGCCAGGAGACAGACGAUCCCCUUGCCCUGGCCUGAACGUGCUUGCUAAUCACGGUUACCUUCCUCGUUCCGGAAAGAACAUCGAUCUGCCAACCGUUCAAGCUGCCGUCUCGGCUGCAUACAACUAUGUCCCUGAUACCUUCGACAGCGCCUUCGUCCAAGCCCAGGACUGCCAUUUGACGACCACAGGCAACUUUUCGACUUUCAAUCUCGACGAUCUGGCAAAACAUGGACACAACUGUGUCGAAUUUGAUGGAUCUCUAUCACGAAAUGACCUCUUUUUCGGAGAUAACUUGCACUUUGACCCAAAAAUCUGGUCGACAAUGGCGAAGAGACUCGACUUGAACAAGGUUUCGCACGAUCCAAAAUCCAAGUACAUCACUGUAGAGCAGGCGGCCAAGGCCAGAGCUGCUCGAGUAGCGGACGCAAUGCAUGCCAAUCCCAAUUUCACUGCAUCAGAUCUCGAGAUGAUGGGCAGUCCCGGGACGACGGCCUUGUACUUGACCACGCUGUGGGAUGAUACCGUGGGAGGUGCUCCUAAGGAAUGGGUCAAGUCAUUCUUUGAAUGGGAGAAGCUCCCUUUCACUAGGCCUUUGAAGCAAAAGACUGGCCAAGAUAUUGGUAACAUGCUUACCGCAGUUCUGGCAGUGAAGGUUUAA